AUGGCACAAGUACGAUCUACGUCUCCGGUUCUUCAUUUGGAUUUGAACAACUUUGAAUCUGUGGAGGCACAAAGGAGUCGCUUCGUUUUGACAAGUCCACGCUCGUUGGAGUCCUGCGCCCGCCUCGGUAUUAAACCUGUUGAACUUUUGAUAAAAUCUUUGAACCAGUUGAAAACAGAGCGACGAGACGUGCCUUUUGAGGUCGUCAAAGUUAUGCACGAGAUGUAUGAAAAAGAAAGAAAAAAGCUGUUGCGCAUGUGCAAGGCGGAGAGGGAGCGAUUAAUCCAAGGGAGCACAGAAAACAAGAGGCCCAGAGAUCAAAAAGCACCAGAAUUUGGACCUGGAAUCUCAAGGACUUCAACAAGGACUCAAAGCAAAAAAGAUGAACCCUAUGAACGUCCAGUAACAUAUGCUGAUUUGUGUUUCAAAAGGAAAUCUAUGAGUAGCAAUAAGGAGCCAGAUAGAAGCACCCUUUGCAGCAUCAGUCUUGGAGAUCUCAGACAGUCCCCCGCCUGUGAAAGGAAACUGGAGAGAAUUGCCACAGCUAUCAAUAAAGAAAUGAAUGUUACAGUGUCUGAGGAGGACCGUAAAAUAGCUGCACUGAUGUUGGCAAGGCAUGAGGAGGAGCAAAUCAGACUGGAGCAAAGUUACAAUGAGGAACAGGAGAGGAAAGAGGCAAGGCAUAAAGAGCAAGCUGAGAAGAUGGAGGAGGAGAGAAGGAGACUGAAAAAGCUAAAGAUGGGAAUGAAGCGCUGGAAUGAGGAGCUGGAAUUGAGGAGAAGGAUUAGGAACAAAUUGGAGAAGGAGAAAUCAACACAGCUGGAACAAGAGGCGCUUUUACAUGAAGAUAGAUGGAGGCGUUUGAAAGAAGAGGUUGAGGUGCAAAGAAAGGAGAAGCUGAUGGCUACUGUGAAGGAAGCAGAGGAACGUAAACGUAAUCAGGAGAGGCUAUUGAGGGGUAAAGAAGAAGUAGAUAGAAAAGUGCUAGAACGGGAAAGGAUGGUGUCAGUGGAGAGGGAGCAGAGAGCGAAGAUGAACAAGGCGCUACAGGAGAUGAAGGAGAGGAGGAGACUGCAAGAGGAAAAUAGACAAGAGCUUUUGAGACAUGUGUUUACGAAGCAGCGAAUAGAGCAGGAAGAAGAAGAGGUGGAGGAGCAGAGAAGAAGAGAGAUGGAAAGAAAAAUGGAGAUCUGUAGUAAGAAACAUGCAGAGGUUGUAGAUGCACAUUUAAGGGAGAUUAAAGAAAGAGUCGCACAAGAAGAGGCACAGAUUCACAGGGCAAAGCUUAGGGCGUCACUGCAGAAGACAGAACAGUUAAUGCACAAAAAAGUAUUGUAUGAAGUUAGUCAGCGGAGGAUGGAGAAAGCAACUCAACACGCCAUGGAGUUGAACAAAAGCAGAGCCAUCCAGGUAAAGCAGAGGAACAGACUUAGAGAGAUGUAUCACCAGCAGAUGAGAGAGAGGUUGCAGGCCGAGGAUGAGGAGGUGAGGAAGCUGAAGGAGAGCUGUGUAGUGAUGAAAGAGUGGAAGAUAGAGAGGCUGAGGAGGCAGAGAGAGCAGAUACAGGAGGAGGCACAAAGACUGGCUCGAGCCUCUUUUCAUCUCAGAGACAGAGUGAGACAGCACAUUAACAACAACAACUUUGAUCAGAUGGACAAAGAAGCUCAACUCAACGCUAAGGGCCAUGUGAAAUUAAUUUAG